AAAAAUUAUAUAUUUAGUGAAAAAGAUUGCAAAUAAACACCAAUAGUUAUCAAAUUAAAGUUUUAAUUGAAUUAGUUUAACUUUAUAGCACUAUAUUUUCAAACCAUAAUUAAAAUGGCUAGCAAUUUAAUUUAUAAUACCCCAAAAUAUUAUUAAGGUCCUUAGAGUUCUUAGAAUUCUCCUAGAUCAACAACAGAUAGAUCGCAUUCAUUAAAUCAUUCAAGCAAUUUGUACUUAACAGCUACUUCAUUUAACGCAAACAAUCUCAUCCAUAAUGUAGCUAUUAUGGAUAUGUAUGAUACUUCUUACAACAAAUCGAUGAAAAUUACCGACUAGAGAUAUUUAUACAAAAAAGCAGAAAAUGAAGCUUAACUUUUAUAUAACAGAAUUCGUUUUAUUAACUAAGAAGAACAAAAAACGCUAAAAAAAAUAAAUGAUACACAAAAGAAGGCAAGUGAAAUACUCUCAUUUAGAGAGCGUAACAUUAAAACCUCAGAAGAGAGAAAAAGAAGAAAAUAAGAAUAUGAAGAAUAGGUUGUCUAAAAGCAUCAAUAAGUCCAAGAAGUGAAAGACAUUUCAAAAAUUGCUAAGUAACUUAUAAACGAAUCUAUUUAACAUAAGGUUCAAUAAGAAGCAUAAUAACUUAAGCAAUCAAAAAUAAAAUAUAAAGAAUACAUCAACAGAGUUAGCGAGGACCUCUUUCAAUAAAAGCUUUCUAAAACUAAUUCUAUCAAAUCCCAAGAACGAGAAGCAGAGUAUCGUAAAGAAAAAAUAUAAGAAUUGAAAGUUCAAAGAGCUAAAGGAAACUAUUCUAAGAAGUUGCACUAAGAAGUUCAGAAAAGAGAAAUUAAAGAAUUUGAGGUAUAGCAGCUAGAAAAAUAGGAAAUGAAAAUGGUCUAGAAUUUAAAAAAUACAUAAACUUUACAAACAAAGGCUAUGAAGGAUUUCGAAGAUAUACUAAUUUAAGCAAGAAAUACAUCUCCAAGCCAGUAACUAUCUUUAAGUAAAAAUUUAUAGCAAUACUAUAGUCCUUCAAGUCCUCAUAGGAAUACAGCAAAAGGAAUACGCAAGCACCAUUACUAUGCAGUCAAUAAUUCUGUGCUGGUUGAAAGGUUACAUAAACAAAGUCCUUCAGUUGAUAAAUCUCAUAGAGGGAAUUCGUAGAAUGCUAACCAUGUUAACUUAUAAAUUAAUGCAUUUUCAUACAAUCCUAUUUCUGAAGGAACAACUCCAAAUAGCAAUAGAAGAGUCAUAGAUGCUCUCAAAGGCUAAGAUAAAUAAAGUUCCUCUAGACGUAGCUCAGCUUAAAACUCUCCUGCAUUCCAUGAAAUAAGUACCGAUGGAUCUAAAAAUUAAUGA